UUUACCUGUAAGACUUCAAAAGAGCCACAUAGUAGUUGCACUGGCCUCGUGAUAACUCCCCUGAUACAUAUCGAUUGGAGAGACCCCCAACAGAACAACAAAUCGAUAAAUGUCUGCCGACCAGGAGAUCUGUCAUCUCUGCAAGGAGGACCUGCGGGACCCUGUGUCCAUUCCGUGCGGCCACAACUUCUGCACCAUCUGCCUGAAGACCUAUUGGGACCACGCCGACCACACAGGGACCUACGUGUGUCCGCAGUGCCGAGUGACCUACAGCAAGAGGCCCACGCCACGCCGCCUCCACUCCCCUUCCUCCCCCUCCCGUAACUCCAUGUCCAGCUACAGGAGCCGCUCCGGCGGGGAGCCCUCGCCUCCGGCGCCGCCGUCCCCGGACUACAACUACGCGGGGCCCCGCGACGUGGGCUGUGACAUCUGCAUCGGCCGCAAGCUGAAGGCGGUCAAGUCGUGCCUGAUGUGCCUGGCGUCCUACUGCGACAAGCAUCUGAAGCCUCACCACGAGAAUGCUGCCUUCAAGAGGCACAAGCUGGUGGACGAGAUCGGGCACCUGGACCGGCAGAUCUGCCCGCAGCAUCAGAAAGGCCUGGAGCUGUACUGCCGCACCGACCAGAUGUGUAUCUGCGUGCUGUGCACGGUCAAGGAGCACAAGGGCCACGAUAUGGUGUCGGCCGAGCAGGAGAGAGCAGAGAUGCAGCAACGUCUAGGAGCCACCCAAGCUGAGAUCCAGGAGAAGAUCCAUGACCGGGUGAAGCAGAUGGAUGAACUGAAGCAGGCUGUGGACUCCCUGAAGCACUCAGCCCAGCGUGCCCUGCAGGAGAGCGAGAAGCUCUUCGGGGACAUGCUGCGCUCCAUCGAGAGGAUGCAGCAGGAAAUGAGCAAGCUCAUCUCGUCCAAUAAGAAGGCCGCGCUGCAGAAUGCCGAGGGCCACAUGGAACGCCUCACACACGAGAUCUCCGACCUGAAGCGGAGGGACAACGAGCUGACGCAGCUGUCGCGCACCGAGGACCACAUCCACUUCAUCCAGAGUUACCACAUGCUGAUCGCUCAGACGGAUGCUGAGGAGCUGCCCAGUGUCACCGUGAACCCGUACUUCUCCUUCGGCUCUGUCACCAAGGCCGUCUCCGAGAUGAAGCAGCACCUGCACGAGUUCAGUAACGAGGAGCUGGUCAAGGUGGCCAAGACUGUGAAUAAAAUGCCAUUCUGCCAGCUGGAAGAUAGCAAGAAGAAGAAGAGGACAAUGAAAUCUGAUGCUGCCGAAAUGUACAAGAGCCCGAGCCAGCCACCCAGCAGUCGUGACGAGAUGCUGCAAUAUGCCUGUCAACUCACAAUGGACCCAAACACGGCCUACAGACAACUCUACCUGUCGCGGGGGAAUAGGAAGGCCACACUGAAGAGAGACCCUCAAUCGUACAGCGAGAGCGCGGCCCGCUUCGACUGCCUCCCCCAGGUGCUCUGCAAGGAAGCCCUCUCCGGAGGCGCCUACUACUGGGAGGUGGACUGGAGUGGCGAGGGAGCCUCCCUGGGCGUCACCUACAAAGGCAUCAAGCGCACGGGCUACGGAGACUCGGCUCGUAUCGGCUACAACCGCAAGUCCUGGAGCCUCUUCUGUUCCGACUCCAGCUACUCGGCGCGCCACAGCAAAGAUCAGGUGGAGAUCAAUGCACCCUACAGCUCACGCAUCGGCGUCUUCCUAGACCACUCCGGAGGAACUCUCUCCUUUUACAACGUGUCGGAGAACUUUUCUCUCAUCCAUGCGUUCAAGGCCAACUUCAGUGAACCCGUGUACCCAGGCUUUUGGGUCUGGUAUGAGUCGGCAGUUACCAUAAGUCAGCUCUAAAUGUGUUUUUCUUUACUUUGCUACUUAUUAUGCAGAGGUGUCAAAAAUCUGGCUCCGAAUUAAAAACCUUGCCACAGCUUCCUUUCAACCCAGGUGACACUGUGGUCUACCUUUCUUGAGUACUUAUUACAAUCUAAUGAUGAUUCAGAGCUGGUUGGAUCAAAUGUCUGACUUUGUGACAGGGUUUUUUACUUUCUGAACUUGGAAUUGACGCUUCUGUUAUUAAGAGUGUAAAUAUUAUGAUUGAAAGCUAUUACAAAUGUUUUAUUUUUUUGGAAGAACAAAUGUGUGUAUUUACAUCCUGCAUCUGUGAAGUUACAAUAACAGCGAUACCUCUUACUGACACAAUUAGGGUAUCAGAGAAUAUAUUAAUCUGGCUAUAUUUAAUCAAGUGUUGAAAUGUUUAAUUAUGUGAACUGGUUACAUGAAGCUGAAAUAAAGUGAAGGUGUGAAAAUGGUGACAAUG